AUGGAAAAGGAGUGCGCGCUCAAGCUGGCCGCCCCCGGCUCCAAGGUGGUGUUCGAGCACGAGAUGGAGAUGCUGAGGCGGCUGCAGGGCGCGGGGGGAGCGCCCGCGGCCUUGGCGUAUAGCGAGGAUCCGUCGUGCCUCCUGAUGACGCACCUGGGCAGGGAGUCCCUGGCCGAUGUCCUGAGUGUGCAGCGCAGCCAGAAGCAGCUCCUGAAGCUGAGCGUGAAGCUGGCGGAGGCCGUGGCGGCCGUGCACGCCGCCGGCAUUGCGCACUGCGACCUGAAGCCCACCAACGUGAUGGUGAAGCUGCCCGGCGCAGCAGGAGCGCCGUCGGUGCACAUCAUCGACUUCGGGCUGGCACUGCCAGUGGGCCAGUGCCAUCCCGACAGCAGCAAAGGGCGCCAGUCGUGUUUUGCGCGUGCGUGCACCGAGGCACGCUGCUGA